CCGGCGCUCGCUCGGCGGCGCAACGCGGGCGCAGCCAGGCUCGGCUCCUCUCCCGCCCUCCCCGGCGCGCUCGCCCUCGCCUUGCCGCUGUUCUCGCACUCGCUGGGGGCGCCCAGAAAGAUGCUCAGAGGCGACGGCUAAGGGGAGCGGAGGUCCCAGCCACAUGUCCGCGUCCUCGGGGGCCGGAGCCCGUCUGCCCUCGCGGAUCCCGGCUCGCUGCCAACCCGCGGCCGCUGCCGUCGCCGGUGCCGAGCGGCUCGGGUUUUAAAAAUCAAUUUGAUUGGCCACAGGAAACGUAUUUUGGCAUCUCUGGGAGACAGACUGCACGAAGAUCCUCCACAGAAGCCCCCUCGGUCCAUCACCCUCAGGGAACCCAGUGGUAAUCACACUCCUCCUCAGUUGUCUCCAUCACUUAGCCAAAGCACUUACACCACUGGUGGCUCCCUAGACGUUCCUCACAUUAUCAUGCAGGGCGAUGCAAGGAGGAGAAGAAAUGAAAACUACUUUGAUGAUAUUCCCCGAUCAAAACUGGAGAGGCAGAUGGCCCAGUCGUCUGUCUGUGAGAUAUGGACGAAUCAGAACGCUGGAUUUCCUUUCUCAGCCAUCCAUCAGGUUCAUAAUACAGGAGACUGGGGAGAACCAUCUAUCACCUUGCGACCUCCAAAUGAAGCCACAGCCUCAACUCCAGUACAGUACUGGCAGCAUCACCCAGAAAAGCUCAUCUUCCAGUCAUGUGACUACAAAGCUUUUUAUUUAGGUUCUAUGCUGAUAAAAGAGCUUAGGGGAACAGAGUCAACCCAAGAUGCGUGUGCAAAAAUGCGGGCUAACUGUCAGAAGUCUACAGAGCAAAUGAAGAAGGUCCCUACUAUUAUUCUUUCAGUCUCAUAUAAAGGAGUCAAAUUUAUUGAUGCAACAAAUAAGAACAUAAUUGCCGAGCAUGAAAUUCGUAAUAUCUCCUGUGCUGCCCAAGACCCAGAAGACCUAUCAACAUUUGCUUAUAUCACAAAAGAUUUGAAGUCCAAUCACCACUACUGUCACGUGUUUACUGCCUUCGAUGUGAAUUUAGCUUACGAAAUCAUCUUAACACUGGGCCAGGCAUUUGAGGUCGCUUACCAGCUAGCACUACAAGCAAGAAAAGGGGGGCAUUCCUCCACACUUCCAGAAAGCUUCGAAAACAAGCCCUCCAAGCCCAUCCCCAAGCCCCGAGUUAGCAUUCGCAAGUCAGUGAUCGACCCUUCUGAGCAAAAGACUCUGGCCAAUCUGCCGUGGAUUGUGGAGCCGGGGCAAGAAGCCAAGAGGGGCAUUAAUACCAAGUAUGAAACCACGAUUUUCUGAUAGUCGCCGAUCCCCCCGUCCUCGCGGUGCCUUGCUUGCCA